AUGAAGACCACUUUGAUCUCUCUUGCCGGGCUUACUGCCCUUGGCUCUAUGGUUGCAGCUGAUACCAUCCCCAAUCAAUUCUUCGUCAUCACUCUCGAAACAGGUGGACCCAAAGCCUCGCUUAGUGGCCAAUACCUCGACCUAAGCCCAGUCGUUGAUGGCACCGCCACGGUGGACUUUAAAGCCUCUGGAGACCCAGUGUACUAUAUCGAUGACGAUGGCAAACUGGUCGUGGAUACCUUCCGGCCUGGAGGUUUUUUCCCCGUCGGACCCGCUUACAUCGAUACCGACAACAACUCAAUCUUGAAAUUCAACAACGAGACCACUUUCGACUAUGCCAAGUUCGCUGUCGACAACUUUACGCUGGUGUCUGAAAAUGCAAGCGACCUGUGGUUCUGGUGCCCUCUUGAUGGCUCUGCAAACGGUACGGUUGCCCUGGGACCCACCGCUGGAGAUGGAUGCGAGCAGGUGGACACUAUCAAUGUUUUAUACACCGAUUAA